AGAAAAAAGAAAAAAGAAAAAAGAAAAAAAGAAAAAAAGAAAAAAAAGAAGAAGAAGAAAGCUAAGGGCGAAAAUAUAUGGUACGAAAGGUGGGACCGACAUUAGGGGUGGGACCCUCUAAGGGAAAUCUCUUUUGUCAUCCUCUGGAGCUAUACAGCCAUCAGUUUUUGUUUUAAUCCCAUAAAACGUCAAGUUUUUUGCCCUAUGAUUGUCUCUUGUUUAGGUUCUUCUCUAUUUUUGCCCCUUGAUUGAAUAAAACAACCUUCUCUCUCUCUCCCCUCACUCUCUAGUCCUCUCCAUUCUUUUUCUUUUUCUUUUUUUUUUCCUUAACUUUUUUAAUUUACAAUACAAGUAUCCUAAAACUUUGCCACCUUUUGAACGUCUCUUCACUCCAUCUCCUCCUUUAUAUACUCACCCUCGUUUCCCUUUACAUCAUCAGCCCUUCUCCCUCUCCCUUUGUCUCACUAUCUCUUCUCAUUGCUUCAUAGUUCAACUAUGUCUGAAGAUCAAAGAGACCAUGAUGAAGGCUUCUUCUGGGAGAGCCAGUCAUGGGGCUUCUCGAAUUCAGACAACAAUAGUGGAAACAGCGAAGGCAUUGUCAAAUCCAACAUGAACCCUAGUAAGGCCCCCGGUUUGAGCUCUAACAACAACCAAACACUGGCGGUAGAAGCCAAAGCGGUGGCAGCUCCGGGUCAGCCUUCUUCUGCUGCCCCGAGCAAAAAGCGGUGCCGAGGUGGCUCGGCAGUGCCCAAGAAUGGUGAAGGAAAGGGUGGCGCCGGUGGUGAAGCGGGCGAUCAUGAGAUUCAUAUAUGGACCGAGAGGGAGAGGAGGAAGAAGAUGAGGAACAUGUUUGCUAGUCUUCAUGCUUUGCUUCCUCAACUUCCUCCAAAGGCCGACAAGUCGACCGUUGUUGAUGAAGCGGUGAACUACAUAAAAUCCCUGCAAGUCACUCUCCAAAAGCUCCAGAAACAGAAGCUGGAGAGGCUCCACACUGCCACCACCUUCAGCUAUGACCCAUCCCUGCUCACGCCGAUCCAAAAGCUGCCUUACAACUCGCGCGAAGCAUUCCUAGCCGACCAAGGCUCUUCCUCCAACAUUAACCACGGUGGCUCACUGCCACCAAGUGGUCCGAGCAGCUCGAACUCAUCUCCCCUCCCCAGAUACCCGGUGGUGUUCCAGACAUGGACUUCUUCCAACGUCGUGCUUAAUAUAUGCGGAGACUCAGUGCAUUUCAACAUCUGCUCAUCGAGGAGGCCUGGGGUUCUGGCAGCGAUUCUGUGCGCGCUGGAGAAGUACAAGAUUGAGGUCAUGUCUGUCCAUGUUUCUUCAGAUUGCCAUCGGUCCUUCUACAUGAUUCAGGCACAUGUAAACAUGGAAGCCCAUGAUCAGUUGACCGAGGUGCUCACCAUCGAAGAUGUAUGCAGGCAGGCUGCUGGGGAGAUCAUGCUCUGGACAUCUCCUUGAUCUUCUUCAUAAGUCUAUAUCUAUAUAAAUAUAUAUAUAUGGAUUUGCAACUUUAUCAAACCCUAGCUAGAAUAUUUGCAGUCCAAACAUUUAAAUAAAGUAAAACAAAAGUAGUGUACUUUUUGAACCUCCCAAUCAUUUCGAAAAUGUUAAGUGAAUUUGUGAUAAUCUGAACACAUAUAUUGUGGCUCAGAUUUCAGUUGCGAAUUAAGAUUUGCACUGGUCGUGUUUGUGGAGCUCCUAAUCAAAUGGCUCAGCCUGAUAUGUG